AUGACAUUAAGGAAUGGCAAGGAAGUUGAGGGGCCAAAGGUCACGAACUUGAAGAGUAAAAGUGAAGACGAGAUCGAGAAGGAGAUAGAGGAAGAAGGACACAUUCGUGGAGAUCCUGAGGUAACUGGUACACCAUCAAUACCCGUUAAAUCUAAUUUACCCCAUUUUCCAUGCAGGUUGGUAAAGACGAAGAAGGCAGAGAAGGAAAAAGAGAUCCUGGACGUAUUCAGGAAAGUGGAGAUCAAUAUCCCAUUGUUGGAAGCAAUUAAGCAAGUGCCGAAGUACGCGAAAUUUCUCAAGAACUUAAGCACCCAUAAGAGGAAAUUGAGAGGGGAUGAAAGAGUAGCGGUGAGAGAAAACGUAUCAGCCAUACUCCAAAGAAAGCUCCCACCCAAGUGUGAAGAUCCAGAUAUGUUCACGAUCCCGUGCAAAAUAGGAAAUACACCGAUUAGAAAAGCAAUGUUAGAUUUAGGGGCGUCAAUUAAUGUGAUGCCAAAGACCAUUUUUGCUUCUCUGAACCUUGGGCCACUAAAAGAAACAGCCAUCAUAAUCCAACUAACUGAUCGCACAAAUGCUUAUCCAGAGGGGCUAGUUGAGGAUGUUUUGGUUCAGGUAAAUGAAUUAGUCUUUCCUGCAGACUUUUAUAUCUUGGACAUGGGAGAUGAAAAAUCAUUAAACCCGUCACCUAUCUUGUUAGGUAGACCGUUUCUUAGCACCGUCAGGACUAAAAUAGAUGUGAAUGAGGGUACUUUUUCAAUGAAAUUUGAUGGUGAAACUGUGAAUUUUAACAUUUUUGAGGAAACUUUUGAAUUGGAUGGUGAAGAUGCAUUAGAAGUGGCCCUAACCAAGCAUCUUGAGUUGGGUGUGACUCUUGAUGUGGACAUGAGGGAUGAGCUACACCACACAAUUGAAGCCGUGCACUCACUUCCAACCGUAUCUCCAAGGUAUGAGUUUACUUCUCUUUUUGUGCCAGAGGUUCAGACAAAGUCGCUUCCUUCAGUUGUGCAGGCACCGGAGUUAGAGCUAAAACCUCUUCCGAAACAUCUAAAGUACGCAUUCCUAGGAGACCGGGAGACGCUUCCGAUGAUCAUCUCUGCACAUCUAUCUCCAAGUCAAGAGGACAGACUGAUGUGA